CUGCAUCCGUCAGCUAGCUGAAUUCCUGCUCUGUCGAGGGCCCCUUUCUUAUCGGCCCUAAUCCAGCACAGCAGCUGCAGCAGCUCUGUAGCACUCGGUGCUAUCAGUGCUGUGCAGGGUGCCCGAUAACCGCCCCUUCCCCUCCUGCACCAGCAGCUAGCCCUCCUCGCGCUCCCGCACCAUGUAUGGCCACCGAGCACUGUCCUCGGGGCGCUCAGCGGCUGCCUGGCAGCAGCAAAACACAAACAAGCAGAGCCCUGCAUGGGUGAGCGAGCUGUGGGCAGCCAGGGAGGCAGCGCCCAACCUGCCUCUGCGCUCCCGAGCCCCCGGCUGCUCCCUGGAAGGAGGCGCGUCUGCCAAGCCCUCUCCUCCUGGCGAGGGGCGUCCCCCACAUGCAGCCACCCACCACGAAGGGGCGGCUGGGUCCGCAGUGCCCUGUGUCAGCCCGCGGGGUGGAGAGCAGCAGCUCCCCUGGCCCUGCCUGGCCCCUGGCGAGAGGGAGAAAGGAUGCUCGUGCUGGCCCCGCUGUGCUCGGGGCCGGUUAACAGCGGCCAUGGAGGCAGUGCUGAUCUUCCUGUGCUCCCUGCUGGUGCCGGCGGCUGUGGCAGACGUGGCCACCCAGGAGAAGGAGGAGGACCCCUUUAACUAUGAUUACCAGAGCCUGAGGAUCGGGGGGCUGGUGUUUGCCGUGGUCCUGUUCACUGUUGGGAUUCUUCUCAUACUCAGCAGGAGGUGCAGGUGCAGUUUUAACCAGAAGCCCAGAGCUCCAGGGGACGAGGAGGCUCAGGCUGAGAACCUGAUCACCUCAAACGCAACGGGAGCACAGAAAGCAGAGAACUGAACAAGAGCCAUGCGACCCAGAGACCCGAGGACAGAUGCUCGGACUGCAGAUGCCAGUGGCCUGUGAGGAAACUGAAAUCGCAGCAACAGGUCCCUCUAAGGAGAUGCGAAGCUGCUGUGUCUGUGUUACCCUCUGUACGUCAGCACCGGUUCUCUGUUUACUAACCCGACUAAACUCCGCUCGCCGUCCUCUCUGCCUCCAGUGGUGUGUAAUGUUGAUGUGAGAUGAUCAUUACUUCUAGGGCUAGUCGUUGCUGAUGUUGUAAUAGUGACUUUCUCUUCACCUUUCCCGUGCUGUGCGUGUGAUUCUGGCUGUGUACGACCGGCAGGUGCUGCCCCUUUGGGCUGCCCCCCAAGCCCAGGAACGGGAGCCGCAGGGCAGGGUGGCACGGGCUGCGGUGCACGGAGCCCUGCGUCCCCCAACCCUUCCCUGCGCCUGGAGCCGGGGGCUCGUGGUUCACCCUGGCUGGCUUUGGGCAGGGCUCGGGGACCGGUCCUGGGUGUUUUGGGGGCCGGCCCAGCGUGGCUCUGGACUGCGCGUUGCCGUUUCAGCAAUAAUCCUCCUGCGCGCCCCCAGCCCAAAGGCAGCCGCGGCGGGGGGUGAGUCAGGUGGGGACAUCCCACAGCUUGACUGCCCUAGGUGGUGGCACCUCGGUGCUGGAUUUAAGGCUGAAGGGAGCUCCCCUUUCUCGCCUGCUCGGUCCCUGUUUGUGUCACUGGCUAAAACCAAGCCGUCUGUGUGGGAUGCAGUUUUAAAUGUGAGGAACUGCUGUGGUGGCAGAGAAGCCUGUGAAAUCCCCCAGCACGGUGACACUGUGAAAGAGGGCAGCUGUGCAGUGGUGACCCUGCUAACCAGCACAAAGCAGCUCCUCACCAACGCUCUGCCUGUCCACGAGACAGAGGUGGGCAGGUUAAAGUCUCCGAGGGCUAAAGAGAAACACGGACUGAAAUAAAGGUCCUGUCCUUGCUUGUCUCCGGCAGGGAAGGGGCAGCGGCAUUUUCUCCUGGUGCUCCCUGCCCUUCCUGAUGCCUUGUCGCUCCCUGUGCCGUGGUCCGGGACACGGCCACCGGCGUCAGUGCUGCGUGUUGUCCCGUGGCGGUUACGUGUCGUCAGCCCCCCGAUGCCAGCUGCCCCUUCUCUCCACAGAGCCGCAGCGAGCGAUGCUCAGGGGCUUUGCACGCCUGAGCUUGCACGGUGGCAAUGCCCUGGCUCUAGAGGGGCGGAGCCCCGAGUCCAUCAUCACCUUGUGUCCACUCGUGGGUCAGAGGCAAACCUGUGAGUCUGGCCCCUUCCCCAAGCCUGUGCUCAUGCAAAACCGUGGCCUCAGCUGGGGCUGGGGACUGCCGGUGUGGUCACGGGUGCUUGCCAAGGCAGGGUCAGCCUGGGCAGCAGAGGGAGAUCCCCAGGGCUGCAUUGAAACGCAUCAGAGCACCAUCCACAUGCUGGGUUCUUGACCUCUGGGAUGGUUUUGAGAGGGGUUCCUGCUGUGCCCACCCACCUGGUGGCCCUGCCUCCAGCGUGGGCUGUGACCCUGUGUGCUUUGCAUCCUUUGGUGGCGCUGGGAAGCACGCUCCGGCCCAUCUGUGCGAGGCAGAGGGACCGUGUCGCCGGUACCCUGUCCCUUCCCUUCCUCGUGGCUGUUGCAGAGCUCUGCUCACCUCCUGCCUCUGCGCCGCUCCGCAGCCUGGGCAGAGCAGGCCCCGUGCAGCCCAGCCCCUGAGAGUCAGCUGUGUGCGUGUCCCGCCUCAGAGUGCCCGUGGUGUCUGUAGCGUGCCAUCGGUGUUAACAUGAAACAAAGAAAUCCCUGUGGUGUGUAGAAAUGGCAAAAUCCUGACUGUUGUAAAAUAAACCGAGCUGUUGUGUUUCCUUUUAAA